GUCAUGGGGCUCUCUAAGAGAUCCCCGAACGCCGGCGGUUCGGGCUGCAUUGUCCCUCACGUUGUUCCAGACUUACGUUGCUGUCUGGUUCCUCGGCUCCGUGUCACGUCGGGGUCAGGACCAGAGUCGAAGCCCAAGCCCGGGCCGGGGCGCAGCCGCAGCCGGCAGCGGGGGCCGCUGCCCCUUGUGGGCCUGCCACCGCCGUCAACAUGGUGUCCCCGGUCACUGUGGUAAAGAGUGAAGGGCCUAAGCUGGUCCCUUUCUUCAAGGCCACUUGCAUCUACUUUGUGCUGUGGCUGCCAACUUCCAACCCUUCCUGGUUCAGUGCGCUCAUCAAAUGCCUGCCCAUCUUCUGCCUCUGGCUGUUCCUGCUGGCACACGGACUUGGCUUCCUGCUUGCCAACCCCAGCGCCACCCGAAUCUUCGCAGGGCUCGUCUUCUCUGCAGUGGGUGAUGCCUUUCUCAUCUGGCAGGACCAGGGCUACUUCGUGCAUGGACUGCUGAUGUUUGCAAUAACCCACAUACUAUAUGCCUCAGCCUUUGGCAUGAAGCCCCUAGCCCUGCAGAGAGGCCUAGUGAUGGCGGUGCUUUCUGGACUCUGCUACGCCCUCCUCUACCCCUGCCUGUCGGGCCCUUACAUCUACCUGGUGGGAAUCUACGAGGCACUCAUCAGCUUCAUGGGCUGGAGGGCCGUGGCGGGCCUGCGACUGGCCGGGGCACACUGGCGCUGGACAGAACUGGCUGCGGGCAGCGGAGCCCUUUUCUUCAUCAUCUCCGACUUGACCAUUGCCAUCAACAAGUUCUGCUUCCCUGUCCCCUACUCUCGAGCCAUCAUCAUGGCCACCUAUUAUGCUGCACAGAUGCUCAUUGCGCUCUCUGUUGUAGAGAGCCGAGACCUGGGUGGAGACUUGGGAUUGAGCAAGGUGGACUGAGCUGGGCAGGGGGCCAGGGUCUGUGGCAGCCCAACCCCCUCUCGCCCACUUCCCCCCUCCCUUUUCCCAGCAGAGGGUCCCAGGUCCCAGGGUUUUCUGGAAUGGGGCAGAAUAUCUGGAGCUUCAUCCUUGAACUGUGACAGGUGCUGAAAUGGAGCUGGAAGGUGAUCUUUACCAGCACAGGCUUUGGAGGGGAGGCCAAGAAUUGGGGAUUGGAUGAAUAGAGACAGAUGGCUCUAGAUAGUGUUCUGGAGAGGGAGGAGAAUCAGGGAUCCCUCUCCUCCUUGGGCCUGUUGGAAGCCUCUGAGGGUUUCAGUCCCUUUGUUCUCUUCUCUAGAAUAGGACAGAAGAAGGGCAAGACAAUUCUGUCUCCUGGUCAGCAUAGGUGACUUGGGAUGCAUGGGGACAGAUGGAAAGGCGGGGCCUUCCGGACAUCACCCCACCUCUUCUGCCUAUACUGGUAUUCUUCAGUGCAGAAUUCCUGGAGAAGGAUUCUGUGCUAAGAGGUGGCUGGGGAUGGUGCUACCCUCCCCCAAUUUUAGGCCAUUCAUGAGAAGGUGUCAGGCUUCUUAAUGCUGGCAGCCCUCAGGCUUCUUCCUUUAUACUUGAAAAAGUUAUUGGGGGAGGACCCUCAGUCUGGGAAAGGAGUGUGCUCUGGCCUGAAUUCCUCCUGGUGCUUUUUCAAGGUUGCUCUCCCUUCAGCUAGGUUCCCUACUCUUACAACUCUGAGCCACCCUCUCCUCCUUGGAGAAGCUGACAGCCCAUCUAUCUUCUCAGGUUGGACCUCAGGAACUUCCCUUUCUGAUGCUGUAGGCCUGGUGGUCUGUGUCAGCUCAUGUGGGGAAGGGACAGCAGCCAAAGGAAGGGGAGCUUUUUAUUCCUUCAGGGUUCCCUGUGCGAGGACCCCUCUUUUUGGAUCUGUUUCUGUCUCUUGACUUGGAUGACAACACUAGAAGUUCUUUUUCUCCAGGCUGAGCCCAAGCUGUAAUCUGGGUCAGAGGGCUUGGAACUCCUUUCAUUGCUUUCUAUUUCCCUAUCCAAGCCCCCAAAAGUUUUCCUCUCUGCCUUUCUUGGAGGCUGAUGGGGUACUAUGUUCUAGUGGCCAUAAGGAAUCUUGUUACUAAGGCACAUUCAAUGCAAACUGGCAGAGAAGGGUGGGAUGGGUUCUGGCUCCAUUGUAUGGAAAACAAUAAAACCAGGGGCCUUGUGUCCAUCCUGCUCUGA